GGCGCUGGCCCCACAGCGCUGCGCUGAGGCGGCGGCUGCUGCGGCGGCGCGGCGGGCGGGCGGCUCCUCCUCCUCCUCGGCGGGCGCAGCAUGGCGGUCAAGGUGCAUUCAACCAAAAGAGCGGAUCCCGUUGAACUACGAAACAUUUUUUUGCAGUAUGCAAGUGUUGAGAAGGAUGGUGAGCAUUACAUGACCCCAGAGGAUUUUGUGCAGAAGUACCUGGGGCUGCACACGGAUCCGCACCACAACCCUAAAACAGUGCAGCUCCUGGCUGGAGUGGCAGAUCAGACUAAGGAUGGGUUAAUUUCCUUCCAAGAAUUUUUGGCAUUUGAAUCUGUUUUGUGUACUCCAGAUGCAAUAUUCAUUGUUGCUUUUCAGUUAUUUGACAGGAAUGGCACUGGAGAAGUAACAUUUGCAAAUGUCAAAGAAAUAUUUGAACAAACUCUUAUUCAUCAUCAAAUCCCGUUCAACUGGGACUGUGAGUUUAUUCGACUGCAUUUUGGACAUAACAGGAAGAAGCAUCUUAACUAUGCAGAGUUCACUCAGUUUCUUCAGGAGCUGCAGUCAGAACAUGCAAGACAGGCCUUUGCACUGAAGGACAAAAGUAAAAGUGGUCUGAUAACAGGGCUGGACUUCAACGAGAUCAUGGUUACCAUUCGCUCCCAUAUGCUAACUCCAUUUGUGGAAGAAAAUUUAGUUUCAGUAGCUGGUGGAACUGUAUCACAUCAGGUCAGCUUCUCCUUUUUCAAUGCAUUUAAUGCCCUUUUGAAUAACAUGGAUCUUGUUAGGAAGAUAUACAGUAAUAUAGCAGGUACAAGAAGAGAUGUUGAAGUUACAAAAGAGGAAUUUGCACACUCUGCAAUCCACUUUGGACAAAUUACACCACUGGAAAUAGAUAUUCUCUACCAACUUACAGACUUAUACAGCGUUACUGGGCGCUUAACUUUGGCAGAUAUUGAGAGAAUAGCACCCCUGGCUGAAGGUGCAUUGCCUUACAACCUGGCAGAGCUCCAGAGGCAGCAAUCUUUUGGAGAAUUAAGCAGACCUAUUUGGCUCCAGAUAGCUGAGUCAGCUUACAGGUUCACUUUAGGCUCAGUUGCUGGAGCUGUUGGUGCCACUGCCGUGUAUCCCAUCGACCUGGUGAAGACUCGGAUGCAGAACCAGCGCACCACGGGCUCCGUCGUAGGGGAGCUGAUGUACAAGAACAGCUUCGACUGCUUUAAAAAGGUUUUGCGUUUUGAAGGCUUUUUUGGUCUCUACAGAGGCUUGUUACCACAGCUGAUAGGUGUUGCUCCAGAAAAGGCUAUUAAGCUAACUGUUAAUGACUUUGUCAGAGACAAAUUUACUAAGAAAGAUGGUUCCAUUCCAUUCCCUGCAGAAGUCCUUGCUGGAGGCUGUGCAGGAGGUUCCCAGGUCAUCUUCACUAAUCCUCUGGAGAUUGUAAAGAUUCGGUUGCAGGUAGCAGGAGAAAUCACUACAGGACCCAGAGUCAGUGCCCUCUCUGUUAUAAAAGAUUUAGGCUUUCUUGGUCUUUAUAAGGGUGCCAAAGCGUGUUUCCUCAGAGACAUUCCCUUUUCUGCAAUCUACUUUCCGGUUUAUGCUCAUAGCAAACUGAUGCUUGCUGAUGAAAAUGGCCAUGUGGGAGGGCUUAAUCUCCUUGCAGCUGGAGCCAUUGCAGGUGUGCCUGCUGCUUCUUUGGUAACCCCUGCUGAUGUCAUCAAGACAAGACUGCAAGUGGCAGCUCGCGCUGGUCAGACAACAUACAGCGGAGUUAUUGACUGCUUCAGAAAGAUUCUGAGGGAAGAAGGCCCUUCAGCUUUGUGGAAGGGAGCUGGAGCUCGUGUGUUCAGAUCUUCACCCCAGUUUGGUGUUACUUUGGUCACUUAUGAACUUCUGCAGAGAUGGUUGUAUGUUGAUUUUGGAGGCCUCAAACCCGCUGGAUCAGAAUCUACCCCCAAAACACGAAUUUCAGAUCUUCCUCCUGUUAACCCUGCACAUAUAGGAGGAUACAGACUUGCUACAGCUACGUUUGCUGGUAUAGAAAAUAAAUUUGGUUUAUAUCUUCCAAAGUUCCGAGCUGCUGCCACCGCCUCAGCUCAAGCCCACAGCAGCAGCUGAGUCCCAAAAGAUAAGUUUCGAGUGCACCAAGUGAGGCAGUGGAGAGUUCACAAGUACUGCUGUAUUUUUUUCCAGUCAGCUGCAUGUGUUCUAGCUGAACUGAGCUUGCAAAUCUAAUUGCUCCUUUCAAAUAUUCAUACAUACCUGCAUUUAUUUAUUUACACACAAGGAACUGAUUGAAGCUGUGGUUCUCUGCCUUGUUUUAACCAGUGGCAUGAAGCUGUAGCCUAGACCUUGCCUUGCACAGCUUGCAUUUAAUGUUACUGUACAUAUUGUACAUCUUUGUACAGAGACAUCAGGGCAUCUAUACACGUACAUUUAUAUAAUGGGUAUUGCGGUUCAAAUAGUUUGAAAUGUACAGAUGUUUUGAAGGUGUUUUGUUAACAAUCGUGACAAUAAAAUGUUUAAAAACACUUGGGUCAGUUUGAUUCUUUGAAUCCACUGGAAGUUGUCCAGUGUGAUUGUUUUUCCCUCCACAGAGGAAAUGUGAAGAUCAGAUGCACAAAUGCAUUUAAUGAGGGGACAGGACAGGACAGAGCCUCUGCAGGAAUGCCCUUCACUGCUAGUUACAGCAAAGGAAUUGAAAUGCAAUGUGCUGCUCCUAAGUGUCAGAGAACACAGGAAUUAGAUGAGCACAGGCCAGUGUUUUAUUUUGCAGCACUACUUUGUGACAAGGAAUUCGCUCAAAAUCCCUGGCAAUACUAAAUGUGUAAUAGAUAGUACUUCUAUGGUAGCAUAUUCAGAACACAGUGAGAGAUUUGCCAGUUACUAACACACUGAAGAAUUUUUACAGGGUUUAUUACUCAGAGUGCCUUUUUUUCCUGAAUAGAAAACUUGUUAUAAAAAACUGAAAGCAUUCUCUCUGUUUCUAGAUUUACCAUGUUUUACCAUGAGAUUAGGUUAUUCUGACAGGGGGAAAACCUAUUUACUUUUGUAUUAUUUUUAUAUGCAAAACUGAUUGUGUUUACAAGUGAGUGGAAGUAAAAGGAGAAGAGAAAGUGAAAGCUUGGACUAUUUCUGGCUUAGUGUCUGCCAGAAGUUUCCCUGGUACAGUAUUUAAAUGCAAAAAUGCCAGAGGAAAUAGGGGAGUUUAGUUUUUUAGAGGAACAUUAGUCACACCAUCUUUGCAGCCAGAGAUGAGAUGAGUGGUUUCCAGCCUUGCCUACUGAAGUUUUCCAUGUUUCUUACAGGGUUAAAGAUCCUGGAAUAGAGCAUAUCCAAGUGGUAUAAACUGAUUUCAGGUUCUGUUUUCUUACUUGGGUGACAGCAGGCCCAUCAGGGAUUAAGUCAGUUUGUGAAGAAAUGGCUUCUUAAGCACUGAACACCACACAGACCAGGCUUUUGCAGCUCUAGCCUCUAAGGAAGAUAAAAAUUAUUUUGGUGCUGAACAGUAUUUCAUGAGCCAGAGGUUACAAUAUGCUGACCGUGGAAGUUUGAUGAGUAUUCUGCAAUAUGAAUAUGGAUAACCCCUUUAGAAGGCUUCCUUCUUUAUUUGUUGUAUUGUGUUUAAGGAAUUUCUUGUUCUCUACUGUUCUGGAUAGACACAGGCUUCCAGAACUCGCUCCUGUACCUGUGAAUUUUGUCUUGUGCUUUCCUAAAUAGACACAAAAAUGGUGGGGACCCACUGACACUGAAUCUUCAUCACAGCUUGCUGACUGCCUCGAUCAAGGCCUUAGGAGACUUGACAAUGCACAGCAGCAUUUGUAUUUCUUGCAGCUCCAGAACUGGACAGUUUGGCUCCCAGAAUCCACAUUUACAGCAUCUAGCAUCACUUUUAGUCUCAACGUUGCAGGUAUGGCUUUUAAAACAUUUUUAAUUUAAAUAAAAUUAACAUUUGAAUUUAAAAACAUUUAAUAGUUUACUCAACUAUUCUGUGAGGGAGGACCACAAGCAGGAAUAAAGAUGGAGUAGUAAUAAAUUUAAUAAUUGAAAAUUAAUAUAAGGUUGAAACUACACAAAAGUAUUGCCAUAUGACCUGCAUGUAUGCAAAAGAAAGCUUUACCUACUGGAUUUCUGAAAAUAGAAGUGUGAGGGAAAUGUAUUAUUCAGUGAAAAGUACUGUCAGUAAAAAACCCCACAAGAACAACCAACCAAAAACCCAAGCACCCCCUCCCUCCAAAACCAUCAAACCAAGAGAGCUUCUGCUUGUUAAGAAUUCCUUCCUGAAGGUGCAAACAGGCAUGACGUGCCUGUUGUGGCACAGUUCACAGGCUUCAGCUGAACAGAGCUGCCCGUGUGGGGCUGAGGAGAACACACAGGAUAAAUGUGUGCAACCUGAGCACGUGGCUGCACUGAAAAGGAGGGACACACUCUUGAUUCACUAACACAAAUGGAAGCCUAAACACACUCCACUUCCAGAGCCGCCAAAACAGAAAACCUUUUGAAGAUAGAACUGCUGUGUCUCUAUAAGCUGCUCAUAAUAAUAGAACUAAGACAAAGAGAAAAAACCCCAAAA